AUGAACGAGUGUGACCGUCUGCCACUACCUGACUUAUCAUAUAUCGAUGAUGGUGACGAUGAUAACGGAGACGAUACGCCUUGGAACACCUCAACCCUUCCUAAAGUUGGCGUAGAAGGUAAUAAGUGUGUGGAAAAGUCAUCUGCAGAAACAUCUUCAAGUGGUCCUGCCACUGAGAAGCCUCUCCUUUCAGCUACUUCGAAGGUGGUCAAGAAGACACGAAAAGCAUUAGUAAACAUGAUGGGAGUGUUUUUCUCGAGUCAGACUUUUUCCGUUUGUAUAAUGCUUAGGCAUGUUGGUUUUUUUUUUUAA